AUGGUAGUCGCAACAAUCAAGUGUGUGGUCGUCGGUGACGGUGCUGUUGGCAAGACUUGCCUGCUCAUCAGCUACACGACGAACAAGUUCCCCUCCGAAUACGUCCCGACCGUCUUCGACAACUAUGCCGUUACCGUUAUGAUCGGCGAUGAGCCUUACACUCUGGGACUAUUCGAUACUGCCGGUCAGGAGGAUUACGAUCGCCUGAGACCGUUGUCCUACCCCCAGACCGACGUCUUCCUCGUCUGCUUUAGUGUCACGUCCCCGGCAUCAUUCGAGAACGUCCGCGAGAAGUGGUUUCCCGAGGUCCACCACCACUGUCCCGGCGUGCCCUGCCUCAUAGUUGGUACGCAAACCGAUUUGAGGGACGAUCAGAGUGUCCGAGAGAAGCUUGCAAAGCAAAAGAUGCAGCCCGUACGGAAAGAAGACGGCGAGCGGAUGGCAAAGGAGCUGGGGGCUGUCAAAUACGUCGAGUGCAGUGCGUUGACGCAAUAUAAGCUUAAGGACGUGUUCGAUGAGGCAAUUGUCGCGGCAUUGGAGCCCCCGGCACCGAAAAAGAAGUCCCACAAGUGCCUUAUUCUAUAA